CAAAAAAUUGAGCAAUUUUAGUAUUUUUUUUUUUAAAAAAAAUAAAUUCGUCCAUAUACAGUACAAUUCGGACUUAUAUAUUAACUCUUUGGAAUAAGCCUGCGAGAUACUUCCUUUAAACCUCUUCUUUUUUACAAGUUCGUAACUCCUUAAAUUUGUCUAUAUACUUUUUGAUAAAUACGAACAUGGAUAUGGAAACCGACAUUCCAGAGUAUAAUGUUCAAGUUGAGGCAGAAGAUAUAAAAAGUGAAGCCAAUAAUCUUUAUAAAAGUGGAGACUAUGAUCAAGCUGUUGCGUUAUAUACCAGAGCCAUAGAACUUAACCCGGAUUCUCCAACAUAUUAUAACAACCGCGCUGCCGCUUUGAUGAUGUUGAAAAAAACAAAAGAUGCCCUUAAUGAUUGUAAACGUGCGAUUUCUUUGGACCCCACAUCAAUUAAGGCUUUUCUUCGCUGUGCGAAAUGUAAUUUUUUGCUCGGUAAUUUAUCAGAAGCUGAACGAGUGUAUACUCAAGUAUUAAACAUGGAUCCUACGAGUUCACAAGCAAAGACAGAAUAUUUACAGUUAAACCAAGUAAAAGAUUAUAUUCAACAAGCUGAAAUAUAUUUAAAAAAUGGGCAAUUCCCUUUGACUUUAAACGUAAUUGAUAGAGCAACGACCUUUUUGGAAGAAAUUCCGACCAAGUGGAAACUAAUGAAGGGUGAAGCGCUAUUAGAACAAAAAGACUAUGGAAGUGCUAGCCAAAUAGCGAUUGAUAUUUUACGUUCAGAUGCACAAAAUUCUGAUGCUCAUGUGUUGAGAGCGCAAAUAUUGUAUCUUGAGGGAGAUAAUAAUAAAGCUGCUUGUCAUUGCCAGGAAGCAUUACGUUGUGACCCAGAUAACUCAAAAGCACGUGUGUUACUAAAGAAAUCGAAAGCACUUGAAAGCCAAAAGACUGCUGGUAAUGAAGCUUUUCAGCGAAAAGAUUAUAAAGAAGCAUACGAUAUUUAUAGUGCAGCCCUCAAAAUCGAUCCUUCAAAUUCGAGCAUGAUGUCUAAACUUUAUUCAAAUAGAUCAGCAGUUCUAAUUAAACUUGGAAAAUAUACCGAGUCAUUGAAGGACAUGGACAAAGCAUUAGAUCUGGAUCCUAAUUUUGUUAAAGUAUUGAGAAGAAGAGCGGACACGUUUCUCAAAUUAGAAAGAUAUGAAGAAGCUGUGCAAGAUUUGAAAGCUGCGGUGGAUUUGGAAGGAAGCAAUUCUGAAAUUCGUAAAGAAUUAAGGAACGCUGAAAGAGAGUUAAAAAAAUCACAUCGAAAGGAUUAUUAUAAGAUUCUUGGAGUUAGUAAAGAUGCAUCUGAGAGUGAAAUUAAAAAAGCAUAUCGUAAAUUAGCACUUCAACAUCAUCCUGACAAAAAUUGCGGAGAUUCUGAUGCAGAAAUAAAGUUUAAAGAAAUUGGUGAAGCUUAUGCAAUUCUUGGAGACCCUGCCAAAAAACAAAGAUAUGAUAGUGGAGUAGAUCUUGACGGAAUAAAUGGACAAACAAACUUCGAUGUAGAUCCAAAUCUAUUUUUCCAAAUGUUUAUGGGUGCUGAAAUGCCUAACAUGGGAGGAUCGAGGGGGGGUCACGGAUUUCCGUUUGGAUCAUUUUCUUCGCAAGGUUUUCCGAGACAAAGAUCUAGUUUUCAUAGCCAUAGCCAUGGUGGUCAUGGAACACACCAAUUUCACUUUGGAUAAUAUAGUGCCCUUAUAUUAAUUCAAGAUAAAUAGCGACCGUUUACUAUUAAAUUAUUUAAUUACAUGUGCGUAUAUAUGUAAAUGAUGUAUGCGAUUUAUACGAUUACCCAAAAAUUUGUAUUAAAAUUUUUGGAGGUAAAAGAAGAACGAUUGAACAAUUUAUGCCUUUUAAAAUUCCUUUUUUAUAAACAAUACGGCAAAAUUUUUUUUAUUUACAUCUUGAAAAUUUUGUAAAUUUUGUCAA